AAUUGUUCUGCACAUUUUUUGACUUCAAAACUGACAAUGUCAUCGUUUUUUGCUCUCUUCUUGGUGGUUCUUUUAUUGCACACUGUUUCCCCUGCACCAGUCAAGCCCCCGGCUGGAUGGACUCUUUUAAAAGCAGCAGAUCCAAAGGAAAUGAUUACAGUAACUCUGGCAGUUAAGCAAGCCAACAGGGAAUGGCUUGAUACCACCUUACGCUCAGUCUCGUAUCCUGAUUCCCCUUAUUACGGUCAACACAAGACACUUGAAGAGAUUGCUACUCAUGUUCAUGCUCACCCUGAAAGUGUUGCAGCUGUUAAGAAACUCUUUCAGUCUGUGAAUGUAGAGGCCUCGUUCACAAUAGGAGAAGGUUUUGCUGUUGCCGAUAUCCCUAUAGAGAUUGCAGAGCAAUUGUUCUCUGCAAAGUUUUAUCAGUUCCAGUACAAAGAUAAGAGUGAUGUGACCACCACUCGCACUCUAGGAUUUACAGUUCCCUCAUAUUUGAAGCCUCAUGUUGAUUUUGUUUGUUGCAUGGAUCAGUUUCCAGAGCCUGAAAGGAAGACUAAGCUCAGGUCUUAUGGCUUGCCCCAAGUGACUCCUAACUCUAUUGAUAAGUCCUACAAUAUAUUAGGGUAUUCCGGUACCAAUACUAAUAACUCUCAAGCUAUCGCUGGAUUUUUGAAGCAGUAUUUCAAGCCAUCUGAUUUUGCCUUUGCAACUGGUUUUGUAAUAUACGUUGACGGUAUGGUGGAAACUGUUGGUGGUACUAGCUGUGCUGCGCCUACAACAGCUGGUAUUAUAUCACUGAUUAACGAUGUCCGUCUUAAUGAAGGAAAAAGCACUGUCGGUUUCCUCAAUCCACUUAUAUACAAGCUCAAUGGUAAAGGGUUCUUUGACAUCACCAAAGGAGAGAAUUACGGUAAUAAUAUAUUUUGUGACGGCUUCAAAGCUAUUGAAGGAUGGGAUCCAGCUUCUGGCUGGGGUAGUCCUAAUUUUGGAAUCUUAAAGGGACUGCUGAAUUAA